CUUCCUGGUGUCGCCUCGCUAGUCGUCCGGGUCUGUAGCGCUGCUCGGAGACGACGGGAUGCUGCUGCAGAGAUGGAGUUGAAUCGCAGAAAUAACGAAGUCCUGGCCAGAGUUUGAGACAAAGGAACUGUGCCUGGCCUUAGUUGCCUCGCUGAACGAAUCAGCGGGUGGAUUUUUGUCGUGGACAUUUGUUUUAAACUGGACUAAAAUGAAGCUGCUGAAGCCGAGUUGGGUGAGCCACAACGGCAAAGCCAUUUUCUCAGUUGACAUCCACCCUGAUGGGACGAAAUUUGCCACUGGCGGCCAAGGGGAGGAUUCUGGGAAGGUGAUGAUCUGGAACAUGGCACCGGUUCUUAGAGAGGAAGAUGAGAAGAAUGAAAAUAUUCCCAAAAUGCUUUGCCAGAUGGACAAUCACCUGGCAUGUGUGAACUGUGUGCGCUGGUCUAACAACGGGCUGUACCUGGCUUCAGGAGGAGACGAUAAACUGGUCAUGGUGUGGAAGAGAGCUGCAUUUAUCGGCCCCAGCACCGUGUUUGGGUCAAGCAGUAAACUGGCCAACGUGGAACAGUGGCGGUGUGUCACUAUUCUGAGAAACCACACUGGAGAUGUGAUGGAUGUGGCGUGGUCACCUCAUGACAUAUGGUUGGCCACCUGCAGUGUCGACAACACCAUUGUUAUCUGGAACGCACGCAAAUUUCCAGAGAUGGUGACAUGUCUGCGAGGACACACUGGGCUGGUUAAAGGUCUGACCUGGGAUCCGGUGGGGAAAUACAUCGCCUCCCAGGCUGACGACCACAGCCUUAAAGUGUGGAGGACUGUGGACUGGCAGAUGGAGGCCAACAUCACCAAACCCUUUAGUGAGUGCGGUGGGACAACCCACGUCCUGCGUCUGUCCUGGUCUCCAGAUGGUCAGUAUCUGGUGUCGGCUCACGCCAUGAACAACUCCGGGCCCACAGCUCAGAUCGUGGAGAGAGACGGCUGGAAGACGAACAUGGACUUUGUGGGUCACCGUAAAGCCGUCACUGUCGUGAAAUUUAACCCAAAGAUCUUUAAGAAGAAGCAGAAGAAUGGCAGCUCUCCGAAGCCCAGCUGUCCGUACUGCUGCUGUGCCGUUGGCAGCAAAGACAGAUCUUUGUCUGUCUGGCUAACAUCACUAAAGCGCCCUCUGGUGGUGAUCCACGACCUGUUCGAUAAGUCCAUUAUGGACAUUUCCUGGACACUGACGGGUCUGGGGAUGUUGGUGUGCUCAAUGGAUGGCACUGUGGCCUAUCUGGACUUUUCUCUGGAUGAACUGGGAGACCCACUGAACGAGGAGGAGAAGAACAUCAUCCACCAGAACAUUUAUGGCAAGAGUUUGGCUAUAACCAGCACCGAAGCCCAACUCUCCACCACCAUCAUUGAGAACCCGGAGAUGCUCAAAUACCAGCAGGAGCGACAGAUCUCGGCCCAGGCCAACACGGCACCAGGCGGUGCUGGGUCUGAGUCCUCAGCUCCCAAACUGCACAGUGUGAUGAACGGAGAAUCUCUGGAGGACAUCAGGAAGAACCUUCUGAAGAAACAGGUGGAGACAAGAACUGCAGAUGGCAGAAGAAGAAUCACGCCGUUGUGUAUCGCUCAGCUGGACACAGGGGAUUUCUCACCAGCGCUGUUCAACAGUGCUCCCAUCUUGCCCUCGGGCUCCUCUGUAACCAGCCAGCUCACCCCUCAGCUGAGCUCCGACUCUAGUCCAGUACAGGCUGCUUCUAUGGUGAUUAGGCCUAACCACGACAUGCUUACCUUGCCUCCACCCAGUGGUGGAGCCACCAAAGGCCUAGAGGAAAACAAGGAAGGUGUGAAGUCCAGUUUGCUGCUCACUUCUGCCUCCAAGAUUGAACCCAUGAAAGCUUUGGACUCCAGGUUCACAGAAAGGUCAAAGGCCACACCGGGAGUCACAUCUGCUAUCUCCUCCACAGCUGGGCUCGCACCGUUAGACAGCAGGCAAAAAGACGGCGUGUUUGCAAUAAAAGACCUUAAAACCAAAGAAGAGACCAGCAGUGACAGCGAGGACAAGAUGGCCGCCAUCAACAAAAACCUGUCAUUAAACAAGAGGAAAGCUGAGCUGCUGAUAGAUGGAGCAGAGGUAGUGGAGAAGAGGAAGAAAGGCCGACCCAGGAAGGACAAGAUGGCCGCUCCCAUCGCUCAGCCAUUUCCUCAGAUGGCUCCUCCAGCAGAACGUGAGCCCAGCAGGGUGGCGGCUGCUCCAGCUCAUGUAGCUGUUCUCAAACUACCAACACCCAGCACGCAGAAGGCUUUCAGUCUGCAGGUGAGCAUGGAACCGACCGUGUUCCUGGAGGUGGAGAACGAAGUGUCCAUGGCUGCAGGUUCCAAGCUCAGUCAAGUGCGAUGCUCCAGAGACGGACGAGACUGGAACACUCUGCUUCCCAGCUCCGUGGUCACAGCUGCAGGGAGCAGUGACGUCCUGGCCGUAGCCUGUGAGGACAGGACGCUGUCUGUGUUUUCCUCCUGUGGCCGCCGGCUCCUUCCUGCCAUCCAGCUAGCCACGCCGGUGUCGGCUCUGCACUGCUCGGCCCACUUCGUCAUGGUUCUGACAUCAGGAGCGACGCUGUCCAUUUGGGACGUUCAGAAGCAGAAGGCUCUGGUGAAGAACGAGUCUCUGAUGACUAUUUUAACUGGUGCUGACACCACAGUGUCUCGGUCUCUGCUGACUCAGCAGGGUCUCCCAGUCAUUGGACUGUCCAAUGGGAAGUCCUUCUGCUUCAGCUCCUCCCUGGAGACAUGGACUCUGAUUGCAGAUAAAGGUGACUCUCUGGUCCAGUGUGCUGACUUCAGGAGCUGCCUACCUACCCAGGAUGCACCUGUGUCCUCCGGGCCCCUGGCAGUCGUGCAGGGACGCAACCUCAAUGCGGGUCGGCUGGCGUCCCGGCUCUCGUCCACCCCUCACCACCUGCAGCAGAGCAUGACCUUGGCCUUCCUGGAGAAUCAGCUGGCGUCUGCUCUGACCCUGCAGUCAGCGCAGGAGUAUCGUUACUGGCUGCUGAUCUACGCUCGCUUCCUUGUCAACGAAGGAUCAGAGUACCGCCUCAAAGAGCUCUGCACGGAGCUGCUCGGCCCCGUCCACAAAUCGGCAGCGACGUCCUGGGAGCCCACCACUCUGGGUCUUCACAAACGAGAGUUGCUGCGGGAGGUUUUACCUGUUAUUGGCGAAAACCUGCGAUUCCAGAGACUUUUCACCGAAUACCAGGACCAGCUGGAACUGUUGCACAGCAAAUAACACAAACGUGUGCACAGUGUCGGCAUGGAAGCAGCGUGGGUUCCUCUCAGUUCGCUUGCAUUUGACUGCUUUCAUCAGCGUGGCUCUCUUGGAUCUCUGCUCUGGCUGAGACUGGAAAUACUAAGAAGCAGCCGGUCCACAGCUUUUCAAGCACUGGGACUUGUCGGUGCUGUCGUUCCCAGAGGUUCCCAGCAACUUAUUUUAAAAUCACAGUUUUAGUUUGAGCUGACGUCUUCUCGUUUGUUUUGUUUAAUAUCCCUGAUGUGGCAGAUCCACCUCUCUCUGCUGCCCUCCUACUCACAAGCUCAGAGAUGGUCGCAGUGUCCCACAUCACAACACAAAUCUAAGUAAAAUGGAUGAACAAGAGCAAAAUGCUUUAACCAAAGUGAAUCAGCCAUUUGCGAAGUGGACAAAAUAAAGAGCAUCAUAAUAAGUGUUUGACUGCCUUUUAAGGACUCCUGAAUCAUUAGAGGCAGACUGUACAAGUUAGUUGGAACUCCUGGCUUCAGGACCUUCAGUUCUUUGACUAAAACAAUCAUUCUCACUCCUGUUAAUGCAGACGACUGAAGCGUUCAAACGCUUUGUUCUUCCUGAAAUCAUGUAAAGGUUGGACAUGAGAAAUAUAAAUUUGCUCCCUUGUUAUAAAUUGUAUGUCUCAUAAAUAUGCUAGAGUUUUGGCAGACAUACAUCUGGGUCGUUUAAAGGCUCCAGAUAGUUUUUCCCGCGUCUUUUGUUUUGAAAAUCCGCUGCUUUUUUUCAGGACUCAAGGAUGAACCUACCUGUGCUUUCUGACAUUAUAAACACACGACGAGCAGCUGAGCUGGAGAUGCAGCUCCUCUGCUCCGCCUCGUGUCUGUCCAGCAGCAGGUGUCACUCGCUCAGCAGGAGUCCAGAGGAGCAAAUCUGUUUCUGUUCUGUUUGUUUUUAAAUGUUUGUACAAGGCUUUUUGUUAUUUUUAAUUUGUAUAAGAAAAAGGAAGAAAAAAACAGUGGCUGAACUUUUGCUUUUGGACAAAGAUUAAAAAUGAAACAAAA